CCUUCUCCAGAGAGAGAGAGCCACUCCAUCAGAGAGUGGAUGCAUUCCUACAUCCAAGGGGUCAGGGUUGAGAUGGAAAGGAACCUGGGGACCCAAAAGAGUAUGCCUUGCAUGAGAGUGCUGCCUGGGGGCCUGAAGCACCUGCCGUAACAGAGCCUCAACAGCUGUCUGGUGAUUCCUCCUUCAAUCUGUGUGUGUGUGUGGAUAGCUCCAUCAAUAUGAGCUACAACCUCUACCUGGCCUUUGUGUGUCUGAGUCUCCUCUCUCAAAGGACGUGCAUCCAGGGGAACCAGUUCAGUGUGGAGGUCAGCAGAAGUGACAAGCUUUCCUUGCCUGGCUUUGAGAACCUCACUGCAGGAUAUAACAAAUUUCUCAGGCCCAAUUUUGGUGGUGACCCAGUUCGGAUAGCACUGACUCUGGACAUCGCAAGCAUCUCUAGCAUUUCAGAGAGUAACAUGGACUACACAGCCACUAUAUACCUCCGGCAGCGCUGGACAGACCCACGGCUGGUGUUCGAAGGCAACAAGAGCUUCACUCUAGACGCCCGUCUCGUGGAGUUCCUCUGGGUACCAGACACUUACAUUGUGGAGUCCAAGAAGUCCUUCCUCCAUGAAGUCACGGUAGGAAACAGGCUCAUCCGCCUCUUCUCCAACGGCACAGUCCUGUACGCACUCAGAAUCACAACAACUGUUACAUGUAACAUGGAUCUGUCUAAAUAUCCUAUGGACACACAGACCUGCAAGUUGCAGCUAGAGAGCUGGGGAUACGAUGGCAAUGAUGUGGAGUUCACCUGGCUAAGAGGGAACGAUUCUGUGCGUGGGCUUGAAAGCCUACGCCUUGCUCAGUACACCAUCCAACAGUAUUUCACCUUGGUCACUGUAUCCCAGCAGGAGACAGGAAACUAUACACGAUUGGUUUUACAAUUUGAGCUUCGGAGGAACGUCCUGUAUUUCAUUCUGGAAACCUAUGUCCCUUCCACUUUCCUGGUGGUGUUAUCCUGGGUUUCAUUUUGGAUCUCUCUUGAUUCGGUUCCUGCUAGAACCUGCAUUGGAGUGACAACUGUGUUAUCCAUGACCACACUGAUGAUCGGCUCCCGUACAUCCCUACCCAACACCAACUGCUUCAUAAAGGCCAUUGAUGUGUACCUGGGAAUCUGCUUCAGCUUCGUGUUCGGGGCCUUACUGGAGUAUGCAGUUGCUCACUACAGCUCCUUACAGCAGAUGGCAGUCAAAGAUAGGGGGACAGUGAAGGAAUCAGAAGAUGUCAAUAUUACCAACAUCAUCAACAGCUCCAUCUCCAGCUUUAAACGAAAGAUCAGCUUUGCCAGCAUUGAAAUUUCUGGUGACAAUGUCAACUAUAGUGACUUGACAAUGAAAGCCAGUGACAAGUUCAAGUUUGUCUUCCGAGAAAAGAUCAGCAGAAUUGUUGAUUAUUUCACAAUUCAAAAUCCCAGCAAUGUGGAUCGGUAUUCCAAACUACUAUUUCCUUUGAUUUUUAUGUUAGCCAAUGUAUUUUACUGGGCAUACUACAUGUAUUUUUGAGAUGUCAUCAAACUUUUGCAUGCCAUGUCUUUAAAAGAAUAACAUAAUAAUGUUAAAGAUAAUCUAGGACAUGCGUACACACUCUAGCCCAGAAAGAUACAAAUGGGCUAAAAUAAUGAUUAUUUUAAGUUGUGUAGAAGUCCUAGAAUAAUAGGGUUCUAUAAUGGAAUCAUUACAAAGCAACCUUUUUCUUCUUCAGUUUUGGACAGACAUCCCCACAGAACUCAAGAUCACAAACCUACUCAGGGCUCUUUGCUCUCUGGGUCCCUGGUCUGCAUUCACUGCAUAAAAAUAUAUAUUAAAGGGUUUAUUUUCUACAGAAUUCACAAUGGCAUUUACUAAAUCUCUGAAAUGCUUAUAAGAUGAAUACUUGCCAAUUUAGGGAACAACAUUUUCUAAUUUUUUUUUUCCUUGAAAUGAAAUGUGGGUUCAUGUCAAUUCACUACUGGUCACCAUACUGCAUCAACUCAGUAACAGGUGAGUUCUCAGUAUUGCUUAAUAACACAGAAGAAUUUUCCCCAAAUUCCAGUAAGUCCUACCAUUAAGAAAUCAAAUGUUAAUGAAUAAAAUUACUGGACCAGUAAGCUAAAACAUAAACCCUUUAAUAUGGUUCCCCAGACUUGAGGGACUCCUGGAAUUUACACCCCUGUUACACGUAUUGUAUUAUUUUAUUGUUAUACACCUGUAGUCCUAAACUGUGUAAAACACUCUUUUGCCACACCAGGGAAGCAGGAGGAGGUUUUGGAACUUCCUUUAGGAAGUUUAGGAUUCUUAAUACAGAAUACUUCCAUGAAAACUUGCUGGGUCAAGUCUAUUUUCUAAUCACCUUUACUCACAUACUGGCUAAGCACCCAGUAGACCAGAGUGCUCUGUCAACCUGUCAUUUGUGUUGACCACACUGGGGAGCACUUUGCCAGUAGUAGAUCCCCUGCAUCCUUCCAAGAGGAGCUUUCAUCCCCAUGCUCCAGUGACCAGGCAGGAGUGAUACCUAUUAGAUAAGGAGUCCUAUUUCCCAGAUACAAGUAGCUUGUCUUGUAAAGAUUCUUUUCCCCAAUCCUUCUAACUGGACAACUUUUUUUUCAUAUAUCUUUACUUGCAAGUGUUCAUUGCAAAGAAUCAUUAGUCUGGUUCCAGGCCUCCAGUUUCUGCUACAUUAUCGAUGCUGGGCCCUCACUUGGACUCCCCUUGGAUAUCCUGUUGUUGCUCAGUGUCAUGGAGAUCCUGCAGCUUUGGGUCUGCAGGACCAAUACCUUCACGUGCUCCAGCAGAUCGUAGAUGGGGAGGAUGUUGGGGUGCAUCAACCCAUAACCCUGGUUCUGGGCCUGGCUAGUUGCAGGGUUGGUUAUCCUGCCAGCUCCUCACCCCUGAUCCCUAUCCUUACCACCAGGGUGAGCUAUCCAGUAGCUGGACUACUUUAAAUGGCUUAUCCUACAUGCUCAGGAGACCACUGGCCCUCAGUCUUGAAUGCUCUGAGCAAUUAUAAGACAUGUUGCACAAUCCACUUGAGUUGUCUUUUCUGAGUUCAGCCAAUGUUACCUUGACCUAGGAACUCGUGGGUGCCUCUCCCUCUGCUCCUUGGGACUCAGCUAUACCUGGUUCCAACUCAGCCUCAAUUAUUUCAAAGACUCACCAUCUUCAGCCCUUUAGCCUCCUUUGCUAAUGAAUGUGCAGCUUCAACUGCCCCUUCUCAAACAAACCAGACCUACAGAUGGUCUUUCUCUUCACUUGCUGCAUCCAUGGGCUCUCCUUUUUAUCAUCACGAUACUUCUCAUGAUUCAGUUUCUAUGACUUGAUUGCCUGGCGCUUAACCACUGUUUCUACUUCAGAACUCUCUGUGUUCACUGGAAUAUACUUUGAAGCUAGCUGUAGUUGCACCAUUAGAGUUCUUAGUAAAACCUCUUCAUACUUUAUGUCUGUCAUACACAUCUUUAAGGGGAGGGGUUAGGAGACGGGAAAUGAGGUUGAAGGAUUCAAUCAUAUUUGUGAUAUUUUUAUAAAAAAAUGUUUAAAAUAUAUAUAACUUCACUGAGGACUCAUGUAAGCUAUUGAAUAACAACAAUUGUAAAUAUGUGAAACUAUAAAAUAAAUACAUCAUAUGAGCUA